AUGAUGCGCUAUGAGCUUGAAAACGAGCAGUUGAAGGACAAAUCAAGGUGCGCUCAUGUCAGAGCUAACUUAAAAAUGUGUUUGUUGGAAAGCGACUGCUGUAAAAUACAAAGAAAAACUCCUAAAGAAUGUCUCAAUAUGAAGGAUGGAAGUGUUCCUCAAGAAUGUCAAGCUUUGAGUUUGCUGUUAUAUGAUUGCAAACGUUCUAUUAUUGAUGCUAGAAGAAGAUUUCGUGGGCCCAAGCAAUAA